AUGGCAACAGAGUCACCAGAGAUCCCUACUGGGUUUGAGCCUGUCGAUCAGGGACAGACUCAAGAUACUGUGGGUGUAUCGGGCUCUCAGACCCCGAUGACUCCUUUAGACGUACCUACUUCGGCUGCACCCGCUGUACCCACCCCUACCGUAUUUACGGUACCACCAGGGGUACUACCGGCAUACCUCGCACUUGCUCCAGUCGAGCCUACGGCAUACCAGGCACCACCGCCACCUGGACUUGCCGUGUACCCGGCACCAGCGGCACCUGUGCCCCCAGUACCUACAGUGUACCCAACAUCCGCACCAGUGGUAUCGGUUGCUCCAUUUCCGGUACCACCACCUACCGUUCCUCUAGCCGCGACCACCCAUAUCGACUCUGCAGUACCACCAGCGGUAUAUGCCCCAGUUUAUGCAGCAACACCGGGAGUACAUCCUCGGUAUAUCCAGUGGUACUACCUAUAG